AUGUCUGGGCCCAGGGGAGGCGCUCCUCACGCGCCAGGACAGCAGCAUCAUAACGGGCGUCCUUUAUGGAACGACGGAGCGAGUGGCGGGCCUAGCAACACGCCAUCGCCUGCCGCUGGUUCCAAUUUUGCUCACCAACAUCAUCCGAAUCUGGCACCUUCAUAUGCGCAGCCACCCAAUCGCCCCUACAAUGGCUCUCCCCAGUCCCAGCCAGGUCACCUUUCGCCACGAAGCUAUGCGGCUCGCCAAUUUCAGCAACAGCAGCCACAAGCACUGCAGCAUCACCCGCGGCCCCAGCCUCACAUGCAAGGGCCUUUGAAUGCCGCUCAAGCCCAAGGCUGGGCGGCCUUGGCGCCUCAGGGCCAGCCCUUGACGCCGGGCGGUAGUUAUCAGCACGCGGUGAAUAAUGUCUACUUUCCCGUCGCCGGUCCGCCUCCCAUUCCGCAGCAGGACGGAGCCCCGCCUCACGCUGCACGCGGACCACCACAGCAGCACCACGUGCCUGGGAACAUCGCUCCCCGUCCACACAGUGGUGGGCAGCCCUACCCUGCCGGCAACCAUCAGCAAGCGCCUUUCGCAGGGGUCGCGCAUCCUCAUGCAGCUUGGCAAGGAGGUCAGCUGCCCUCUGUAUUGCGACCACAUGUACCAGCACCUCCCCAGCCAGCAUACGGCUCGUCUGGCGCUCCUGGUGAUCCCUUGGAUGGGGACCUUGACGAUGAUGGGGAUGGUGCAGAUGACGAGCAAGGAAAGAAUGCGGUGCAGAAAGGAGCGUCAGACUUUGUCAAGAAGCUCUAUCGUAUGCUCACCGACAAUUCUUACGCGACAAUCGUCUCAUGGUCGCCUGCUGGUGACAGCUUCUUGGUCAAGAACAUGAGCGAUUUCACAAAGCACGUUCUGCCUCGUCACUUCCGCCACUCGAACUUUGCGAGCUUCGUCAGGCAGCUCAACAAGUACGACUUUCACAAAGUAAAGAAUCCAGGGGAGCAUGGACAGGGCGUGGAUCAAGUGUGGGGUUUCAAGCAUCCUGACUUCCAGCGAGGACGCGAGGACCUGCUGGAGAAUGUGAAGCGCAAAUUGCCUUCUGGUAAGAAGGCUGCCAGGGACAACAGCCCUUCUAUGCCAGGUGCUGCAGAUGCCGCAGACAAGGGAGCCGAAGAUUACGGCCAACUGAAAGACCAGGUCGCUGCCUUGACAGCUACGCAAGAUCAAAUGACCUCGCACAUGAAUAAUUUGACGAAGCAGUACCAAGGGGUUAUUGGAGAGAUGCUGACCUUCCAGCGCAACAUGCUCCAGCAAGAUCAAUUGAUGCAGCAGCUGAUUCAGUAUCUCAUGCAAGAGUCAUCGCGCCGAGCUGCUAUCGAGGAGCAGUCCGCGACACCAAGUAGCUCUAGCAACGGUAAUCCGGGUGUGCCUUUGCUCGAAGGCGCACCGACAAGCAGCGCAUUCAUGGCUCCACAUGAGGCUCAAGAUCUGAUCUCUUCCUACACCACUCUGGCGCGGGAUUCAUUUGCGGCCAUGAACCAAGUGUCUGCACGCAUUCAUGCCCAGCAACGUCAAAAUUCAGAUGACCAGUCCAAUGGAGGACGUCAGCUUAGUCACGCCACUCUCGCCUCGUUGAUCAGCGGAGACGACAACAAUAUUCACAAUGGAUCAGGAAAUGGCGCCCUGUCACCCAAGAGUAGCGUCGCAAGAUCUCCGGCGGCCACGACUGACUUUGUCGACAAGGGCAAAGCAUCCCAGACGACUGGUCAAGCGAGCGAGAAACGCCCCCCGGUCUUUCUCCAUCCUCCACACUUUGAUGCUAACGAGGCAGGUGGCUCUAAUGCCAAUGACUUGUUCAAUGCAGUUUCAGCGGCGGUUGGACAGCCUCCUAACUACGUAGGAGCAGACGGCGGAGGACUCAGGGUGUUUACAGUCGGUACUUUGCAGCCGCGCGCUGAGUCGGGCACCUUCCCCAGCGAUGGCUCCGGGUCUCCUGGUGCUGCGCUCUUGUCGGGACUGAAGCGCUCGUCGCCGGGCGAGCCGCAGUCUGAGAGACGAAGCGGGUCUGCGGGAGCAGAGGGCACUUCAUCUUUCGGCAUCAGCGUGCCCGAACUCGAGCAGCUACCAUUGAGCAUGCCGCGCGUCGAUCGUCGAGCUUCCACCGUCCCUACUCCUCUUGGUGCAGGUGCGACCUCGGGAGAUAAUGCAGAGGCUGGACGCGCCUCUGUGGACAGUAGAGGCGAAACACCCUCGGAAGGCGGAAGCAACAUGCUGCGCGUGCGUAGAUCUACCUACAUCCCUGGCUGGUCGGUGCCUCCUAAAGUGCUCGUUGUGGACGACAAUGAGGUGUGCCGAAAGAUGUCGUCCAAAUUCCUGCAAGUCUUUGGUUGCGCCAUUGACGUUGCUGUGGACGGUGUGAACGCGGUCAACAAGAUGAAUUUGGAGAAGUACGAUCUCGUGUGAGUAGAGCAUUUCUUGCUCACCCAGCCAAUCAUGCAUGCUCACACCGCUUGCUCUGGCCUUUAUUGCUUCCACCGUAGUCUCAUGGACGUGGUCAUGCCAAAUCUGGAUGGUGUAUCUGCGACGUCGCUUAUCCGUCAAUUCGACCCACGAACACCGAUUAUCUCGAUGACGAGCAAUGUAGCUCCCGAGCACUUGCUUGACUAUAUGAAGAGUGGCAUGGAUGACGUCCUGGCGAAGCCCUUUUCCAAGCAAAAUUUGCUCAGUAUGCUGGAGGUGAGUUGACAUACAUCAAAGAGGCUUCACGUUGAGGGGACGAUCAUGCUUAAACCAUUUCUGCGCUCCGUUAGAAACAUCUCAUUCACCUCAAGACUGUGCAAAAGAUGGAAGAAAUACCUCAUUCUCUCGGUCUGCCUCGCAUGCCCGAUGACGCGCUCGCUACGGUGCUUUCGGCAACCGCUGCUAGUGCGGCUCACUUUGGCGGAGCCGUCGACUCCGCUUCCUCGUCUAUGCCUUCGCCGUGGGCUGCUAUCAUGGGUCAUGGACCUAAUGCUGUCAGUCGUUUCCAGAAUGCCGACACACCUCCCGAAGAAAAGGGCAGCGAUGAUGAAGAGAGCACAGACAAUCCUCUUGCGGGCAUGGGAUUCUCGGACGAAGAGUAAGUCGACUGUGACUUUGAGCGUGCUGGCUCGUGCUACACUCGAUGCUAAGCAUCUGUUCUCUCAUUACCAGGUACAUCUCUAUGCUGCAGAACCUCGUUGCUGCAGGAGCCGUGUCGGACGACACGAACGGCGAGAGCGCAGACACGAUUGCCAAUGCGCUUGGCGUGAUCAGGGGCGAGGGUGUAGGAGCAGUAUCCAGGUCGAAAGAGAGCACACCUACCGUGCUCGGAACUCGCAAACGCUCCCAAGACGCCGAAGGCAGCGAGGCGAAGCGUAGCCGCCCUGCGGGUGUCCCUGCUUGA